AUGUUCGGACAACAAGUAUAUCCUGCUCUUGAGGAGCUCAAGCAGCCGCUCUCUCCCAAGCAAUUGGAGAUCUUGCGCAACCAGGUCAAAGCCGAGGAUCCAAUGCCUUCACCCCAGUCCCUCUUUAAUCUUGCCUGGGGUUUGAUCAAGUCCAAUAUCCACAAGCAACAGUUGGAAGGCAUCAAGAUCUUGACCAAAAUCUACAAGGACGUGCCAGCCAUGAGAAGAGAGUCGUUGUACUACCUCAGCUUAGGAUCCUACAAAGUGGGAGACUACACUAAUGCUCGUAGGUACGUGGAGGUGUUGUUAGAUGGCGAGCCAGACAACGCACAAGCCAAAGCAUUGAAGGAUUCGAUCGAUGACAAAGUGACUCGUGAUGGGUUGAUUGGAUUGGGAAUCGCAGGAGGGUUGUUGGCGGUAGGUGUUGGUAUUCUUGGAGGAGUGAUGAGAAGAAAGCGUUGA